CCCCUACCCCCCACCCCCCACCCACAUUUGAGGACCCAUUUCUUGUUUCUCUCUCUAGACCCAGUAAUGGCAUCUUUUCCUCAAGAUCACUUCCAACAAUUUCUUCAGCAGCAACCACCCUCACAGCCACAGCAAUCUAAACCCUUCAGAGAUGUGUAUAACAGCAACAUGGAGGGUCAGAUUUCACAGCAAGUGGCCUACUUCAAUACCCCUAAUCUUCUCGAUCAUCACCCUCCUUACAUCCCUCCUUUUCAAGUGGCCGGGUUGGCACCGGGCCCGUCUCACGAAGAAAACGGGCCGGAUUUGCAGUGGAAUUUCGGGCUAGGGUUGAAGAAAGAGAGGCCUACGGAGCAAGUUUUUCUGGAGAACAAUUUUAACAACAAUAAUAAAAGCAAUAAUAACUCUCAGAUAUCGUCUGUGGAUUUAUUUCAGGCCCGAUCAGUUUCUACUGGUUUGGGCCUUUCGUUGGAAAAUCCCCGGUUGACUUCUUCCGGCGACUCGGCUCUCAUUGGGCUGUUCGGAGAUGCUCUUGAUCGGGAAUUGCAAAGGCAGGACGCCGAAAUCGAUAGAUAUAUUAAGCUCCAGGGCAAUCGUCUACGACAAGCCAUACUCGAAAAAUUCCAAGCAACACAGCUCCAGACAAUCUCGUACGUAGAAGAAAAAGUCCAACAGAAACUGCGCGAGAAAGAGGCCGAGGUGGAAGACAUCAACAAGAAGAACUCCGAGCUAGAGCUGCGAAUGGAACAGCUGGCGCUCGAGGCGAACGCGUGGCAGCAAAGGGCAAAAUACAACGAGAGCAUGAUCAACACGCUCAAGAUAAACCUACAGCAGGUCUACGCGCAGAGCAGGGAUAGCAAAGAAGGGCACGGCGACAGCGAGGUGGACGAUACCGCGUCCUGCUGUGACGGACGACCCUCCGUGAAUGACGUGGCGGCGAUGCUGACGUGUAGGGUUUGUAGGGUGAAGGAGGUGAGCAUGCUUUUGUUGCCUUGUAAGCAUCUCUGCCUGUGUAAAGAUUGCGAGAGUAAGUUGAGUCUUUGUCCCUUGUGUCAGUCAUCUAAGUAUAUUGGCAUGGAGGUUUAUAUGUGAAUCUAACGUAACUUCGGUUUUUUUUUUUUUUUUUUUUUUUUUUUUAAUCCACGUACGUGCAUUUGGUUAUCAUAUAUGAUGAACCGCUUCGUCUGUAUGUAUGUAUGUAAUAUGGUUUCUAAACAACAAUGUGUACAAGUUUGCUUCACUACUAACUUGUUAGUUCUUGGAUGUCA